AUGUUAUUAAUUUUCUUAUUGCUUUGUUUUGUAAAUGGUUUUAAAUUGCCUGGAAGCUGUGACGCCGGUCACUACUAUGAGCCAAGUUUACUGGACUGCAUGCCGUGCCGGAACAAUGCAUCUUUAGUUACAUCUGAGGAUGGUUUCGGGUGCGUUUGUGAUGAUCACAGUAUCGCCGUUGGAAUAGAUCAAUGUAAACCUUGUAACAUUACUGAUGUUGUGUCCACUGAUGGCACUAUGUGCGUAUCUCGGAGAUGUCAGAGUUCUGCCGGCAGGAUUGUUUGCAGGAAAUGUCCUAAUGAUUAUAUAUCAGGGAAAUGUAUUCCGAAAAAUUUUUUACUGGACAGACCUAAGUACGCUGUGAAUGAGUUGCAUCCCGAAGAAUUGUUAGAGAUAGUAAAAUUGGAAUAUUUAUGUACACAACAUGAUAUUCGAGCUUGCCGAGCUCUAUCUAGCGCCUGUGUUCGAAAUUUUUAUACUUCAAACCUUGCAGGCCCUUGUAGACUGUGGUUACAGGGCAAUAUGACAGAUGUCCAAGGUCUCCCAUUACUCACGAUUGAUGAAUCUAAAAUCAGCGAAUAUAAAAUAUUUUUAGAACGUGGCCAAGAUAUGUUAAAAAUAGCUUUGGGUGUACACAAGAAAACUGGCAAAUUCGAACUUAUUCAAGACACCAGCAAUAAUCAAGGUCUUCCGGCACUGAAUUUUAAAAUUGGAGAUGACACUUUACGACAAUGUUCAACAAAUAUAUCCUACUAUAAAAGUGAAUAUGGAGAUAUAUUCGAGUUGUAUCUAAAUUCACCGUCGAACAGCUUACUGCCUCUUCCGAUUACACUGCUUAAACCAAAUUAUCAUUAUGUGGAGAAAGCUGCAUGGUCUUCAAAUAAGUUUAGAAAAUUCUUUCUAAUUACCAGUUAUCUUUCUACAACCACAAAUACAACAAACAUCGUUUACCUGCAAACUCUACUAUUUCGAGUGCGGGUGGAACGAAGUACAUCUCUGCGAUUGUAUCUUGACAUCGAAGCGCGAUAUACUGCAAAGUCUCAUCUUACUGAUGUAAUGACAACGUAUGUAAAGGUAGAACAUGACAUGCCGAGUGCUGGAGUACUACAUAGUUUUGAAAUAUGGGGAGGACUUCUAGGAUCGUUAAUGGCAUUAUAUGCUCUGAUACAAUGGCGUGGAGUGGUUAGAAGAGGAGGUCUCUACAUCUCACUGGUUCCUAUAAGUUUGAAUUGUGUCGCCGAUGCUCUAUAUUGUGCGACAAUCAUUUCAACUCUCCACGCGCUUGCCGCCGAGGCCGGUACGCUAGAACUAACUCUACCGCUCUCACAAAUAGAGGAACAUGUGAUUCAGUCGAUAAUCUAUACUGCUGUUGCAUUAAAGUCUUCAAAAAUAUUAUGGAUUUUAAAUACGUGGAAUGCAUACCUACCAAAAAGCUAUGGCUAUAAAUGGGUUAUAGCGACAGUAACCUGGUGGAGCUCCUAUACAACACUUCUAUGUUUUCGAUUUCUAUUAGAUAGGUUAUUUGGAUCAAGUUCCAAGAAAUUGCUGAAACUAUGUACUGAUUUAGAGUUAUCUCUAAUAGUGUUUCAGGAAGAGUUUUAUGCUCAUUAUGUGGAUGGACGAAAUGAAGAUUUAAUGGGCUUCAGGGCGAAUUCAAAUCCACUACAAACCUGUCGAAUUAUAUGUUCCUCACAAUUAAGGACGGUGUACAGAAAACUGGCAAAUACUGUUAAUUACGGCGAUUAUGAUAGAAACCAAGAUCUUUUAUCUAAAUUUUUGGGAGCAUUUUUCGAAAGAGCUCUCGACGGUCUAAACUGGGUGGCAAGUGAAAGGACUUUAAUUGAGAAGUUACUGGACGUAGAACUUAUUACAAGGGAAGGAGGCAACACCAGUGUUUUGUUAUAUGAUACUGAUAUUACAACGCCUUCUUGUUUUGCCGUAACAUGGUUGGGAGAAGAAUGGCUUUUGGCGACAUUCGAUGCCAUGCUUUUUGGUAGUGUUUUGAUAUUAACCGGGCAACACCUUGUAGCAGCUUUAGCCACAUUAAUUGUGUGGCAGAUAAUGAAAUUCUCACGAAUCUUGUUUGGAAGUUGGAAUUUAAGAAAUAAAAUUGGAAGAGAAAAU